AUGAAUAAAUUCACUACUAUUUUAGUAUUCUUAUCCUUAUUUUCAGCAAUAUAUGCUUUAUCUGAUACAGAAUUAGUUUAAGUCAAAAGCAAUCCUUUUGGAUCUGCUUUAAACAAUUUAUUAGAAAUGCACAUGCUUUCAUAGGAUCCUUCAGGAAGAUUGAACGAAAUUAACAAUGUAUUAGACUAAGUUGAAGAAUUAUUGACUAAAUAAAAUCAAGAUAGUGAAUAAUGGAUUAAUGGAAGAAAAGCCUAAUGCUCUAAUGAUUAAGAUUAAUUAUAAUAAUAAAUAAAAAGUGUUCAUGAUAGCUUAGAAUCUGACAAAGAAACCACAAGAUAACAUUACGAAGAAUAAAAAAACAAAUAAGGAGAUUUAGAUAAUGAAAGAUCCAACUUAUCUACAUCUGAAGAAUCUUUAAGAAACGCUAGAAAUAGUUUAGAAGAUUAAACAAAAAGAUACGAACUAGCUCAUGCCGAUUAUUAAGAAGCAAUAAAAGCUUGCAAAGAAGCUUUAGAACUCUUGGCAACUUUAAGAUAAUCAUCUUUCAUUUAAGCUAAAACAUAAAGUAGAUUAGUUACUGUUACUGCAUUAAUUUAAAAGCACGUCCCUGCUAAAACUUCCGCCUUUGUAUAACCUAUUGUUAGCGUUUUGACAGAAUUAAGUACCUCGAAUAAAGUUGAUUAAGAUAAAUUGAAACGAAUCGUUUCACUUAUUGAAUAAUUAUUAGAAGAAUUAUAAAAAUAAUUAGGUUAAUUGGAAUCUUCUAAUAUUAUCACUGUUGAAGAUUUGAAUAGCUUAAUUAAAAAAACUGAGGAAUCCAUCGAAAAUUCAAAAGGUUAAAUCAAAAGUUUAGAAGCUAGAUUAGAAGAACUUAAAAAUCUUAUUGAAAACCUGAAUGGAGCUAUCUCGUCUAAUGAAUCAACUCAUGAAUUAUUAAAAGACGCUUUAAAUAUCUUAAAAAGAUUAAGAGUUCAUUUCCAUGAAAAGAUUGUUUCUUCAGUUGAAAAUAUUGAAAAAGAUACUUAUUAUGAUGAAUUGCAUAGAUUUGAUUGA